GCUGCCUUGCAGAGGAAGCUGCCAGGUCUCUUACGCUGCUGCUUACUAACUCAGUUCCAGGGAAACUGGCUCUUCCAGUAGCCUCUCGGUUGCUCUCCCAUGGGAGGUGCUGAAAAUAGUUCUGCUCAAAGAGUUUGUGGCCAACCCAAAGUGCACUCCACUCGGAUCGUUGGGGGGAAGAAGGCGGAGGAAGCAGAAUGGCCGUGGCAAGUCAGCGUACGAGAAAACAGGGUACAUGUGUGCGGUGGGAGCCUCAUCUCAUCCCAGUGGGUUGUGACAGCUGCUCAUUGCUUUGAAGGGCCAUUAAAACCAGCUGAGUUCCGAGUACACCUGGGGGAGUAUGAGCUCCCCAAACCAGCACCCACCAUGGUCUCGUCUGCCGUCAGCAAGAUCGUUGUGCACCCGUAUUACGCUGGAGAUGGUCUCAGUGCUGAUAUUGCACUAGUGCAGCUGGAGGAACCGGUCAACUCCUCCCGCACCAUUUUGCCUGUCUGCUUGCCCAGUACUGUGGAGCCUGACCCAUUCCCAGUAGGCAUGACCUGCUCAGUAACUGGCUGGGGCCGCCUCUAUCCGGAUGCCUCCUUUCUCACCCGGACCUUACAGGAGCUGGAGGUGCCAAUCCUCGGUGUUGAUGAGUGCAACAACAUGUACCAGAAUGAUUCCAGCACUGAGACGGAGACUGUGCCUGAGGGCUACAAGCUGAUUUACAAAGAUAUGAUCUGUGCUGGGUACCCAGAAGGAAAGAAGGACUCUUGCCAGGGUGACUCUGGGGGACCCUUAGCCUGCAAGAAGAAUGGGACUUGGUUCCUGGCUGGAGUGGUGAGCUUCGGCUUGGGUUGUUCUGAGCCCAACCGACCUGGAGUCUACACUCGGGUCACCUCCUACAUGGACUGGAUCCAACGCACGAUAGCGGAGAAUGCAGCCCUCCAUGGCGGUUCACAUCUCUCGAAGGCCAAUCCUGCGACCUUUUUGCUUCUGCUUCUCCUCCUGGGCUUUCCCCACAUGGGAGGCCUUUAGCACCGCCAACGCUGUGCUCUUCCCAAAUCAGCUGGGUGACCAAAUCAAAUAGAGGCCCCAAACGGCACUUCAGGUCUCAUUCUAGCCCCACUGAAAUCCUGCUGGCCCACCCCCAUGGGUGUUAUCUUUAAGUACGCUUAUGCCGAAAGUCUGUGUCAUGGGACUUGCUCCCAUUGAGAACAUGCAUAAGAUUGCAGCCUAUCAUAGCUGGAUCGUAGUAGCUGCAAGCUACCCUGGGAGUUUUAUCUGAACGGGAGGGCAGGAUAUUUAUUUUAGGAUAAAAUACAGAGACCACCAUCCUGACUCCUGGUGUGCUUGUGUGAGAACUUUGCACUAGCACAAGGCUGCCCUGCUAGCUACUUAACGCUACUUCUAGAUCUGGCUUUCCAGACGAAUGUUGCACUCGUGCAAUAGCUGUGUGGCCUGUGGCAUGCCUCAGUAAGAGCACCGUGCCAAAGAGCCCCUUAUUUUCUUUAGUGCGGCUAUGCAGUCUUCUUGUGCUAGCCCAACACUGUACCUUGUGCAAGCCCACUGCUAGUCAUGAUGUUGGCCACUGUAUCCUUCCUUUACCACUAAAACCAGGAAAAGGAACGAAAGGGUUUGCACCCCCAAAUCAAUCUUGGGCUACCCCAUACCCACUGCUAAGAGACUGUGCCCUCCAAUGCAGUUUCUCAACAUGCAGUGCACAUCCCCCCUGGGGGUAUGCAAGACACAGGCAAGGGGUGCAGGACAAGAGGAAGGGGGGAAAGGAGGAGAAGGAUGGAGAGAAGAAUGCCUCGAAUUAGUCUCACUCUCUUUUCCUGUUUGUCGCUCACCCUCUCUCCUUCUCUUUCUAUCUUUACUCCUUCCUCCUCUCCAAACGAUGGCAAAAGAUUUGGCACACCACACAGUGCACAGUGUUUUAUGUUGCCCAGCAAUAAUUUGGUGUGCCCCACUUUGCACGGCACUGUGUCCAGCCUUCCUCGCUUAGGCCGACAUCACCUGUAGCCCAAGAACAUACUCAAGUUGUGCACCCUGGUCUAAAAGGUGGCAACCAGUCCCUACCCAUACUUGAUUGGACAUCUCUCACAUCGCGGCUGUAUAUAAACAA